AAUAUGAGUUAAUGCUAUAAUAUGUUUUUAGGCGAACGUUACGAAGUAAAACGUUUUCGUCAAGCAUGGCGUUGACGAGCAGACAGCUCUUUUUGUUUUGCAGACGAGGAAUAUCGUACUUGUCGAGAAGUGCGAGGAACAGAUCACACAUUGAUAACGUAACAGUUAAGCCGCGUUUAAGGAGUUUAAAUUACAAACAACAUGCAUCUGUCAACCCUGUCAUUGCCGUUUUUAGAAAUGGUCAGCCAUCAAAACUGACAACAUUUGGCUCUGUGGGCUUUGGGUGUGUUCUUUAUGGGACAGUAGCGUUUUGUCUCGCCAAUAAUAAACAUGAAAAGUUUCUCAAUGCAGCUCGCCUCAACAAUGUACGAGAGAUGGAAAGACUGAUAAAAUCAGGAGUGGACGUAAAUGCUCGUCACCAGCUGGGAUGGACAGCUCUCCAUGUCGCUGCAAUGAACAAACAUAAAGAAGCAGUGAGAGUUCUCCUGGAGGCAGGAGCUGAUCCCAAAUUGGGGGAUGACUUCAGCAGUGUGGGUCAGAUAGCUCGGGAGAAGGGGCUGAACAACCUGCAGGUGCAUAUUGAAAGAGAGGAAGAGUUUUCUGACCGCCUCAACCUCCGAGCUAACUUCAAGGGCUCCACUGCUCUACACUAUGCUGUACUGACUGAUGACAUUGAAGUAGUUAAAUUGCUUCUUGAGGCAGGAGCAGAUCCGAUGGUGGAGAAUGUUGUAGGACACUGUCCCAUGUCCUAUGUGCGUCGCCCAGACAUGAAGAACCUGCUGACAGAGUACCAACUGAAGUACAACAAGCUGAAGGCUGAGAGGGAGGCUGCAGAGAGGAGGCGCUUCCCCCUGGAGCUGCGGUUGAAGGAGCAGAUCAUCGGGCAGGAGGCCGCCAUUAACACUGUGGCUGCAGCUAUACGUCGAAAAGAGAAUGGGUGGUAUGAUGAAGAUCAUCCACUGGUGUUUCUCUUCCUUGGAUCUUCAGGAAUAGGAAAAACUGAAUUAGCAAAGCAAGUUGCAAAGUAUCUACACAGAGAUGUGAAGAAGGGUUUUGUCAGAAUCGACAUGUCGGAGUACCAGGAGAAGCAUGAAGUUGCCAAGUUUAUCGGGUCCCCGCCUGGCUACGUCGGACAUGAGGAAGGGGGGCAGUUGACCAAGAAGUUGACGGAGAGUCCACAGGCGGUUGUCCUGUUUGACGAGGUUGACAAAGCUCAUCCUGACGUCCUGACAAUCAUGCUGCAGCUGUUUGAUGAGGGUCGUCUGACAGACGGGAAGGGAAAGACGAUCGAUUGUAAAGAUGCCAUCUUUAUAAUGACAUCUAAUCUUGCCAGUGAGGAGAUUGCCCAUCAUGCAUUGCGACUCCGAGGUGAAGCGGAGGAGGUAGCGAAACAGAGGCAAUCUGGGAAACUCGAAGACUUAGAGAAUGCUGAGAAAAUAACAAUAUCACGGAACUUCAAGGACAAAGUAGUUCGACCGAUUUUGAAGUAUCAUUUUAGGAGAGAUGAGUUCCUGGGAAGGAUUAAUGAGAUUGUCUACUUCCUGCCAUUUUCAAGAUCUGAGCUUUCCAAGCUUGUUUCCAAAGAGCUGGACUUUUGGGCAAAAAGGGCGGAGACAAAGCAUCAGAUCGAGCUGAGUUGGGACCACCAUGUUGUGGACGUGCUGGCGGACGGCUACGAUGUGCACUAUGGUGCCAGGUCCAUCAAAUAUGAGGUUGAAAGGCGCGUUGUGACUCAGCUAGCCAUGGCCCAUGAACGCAAGUUGAUCAGGAGUGGCUGCACCAUCAAAUUAUCUGUUCCUAAUAGGGAAGACAUUCUCACAGAGAAAGCCCAAGACCCCAGUGAUGAGAAAGAACACUCGCGUAUCAAACUGCAAGUGUUGAAGGAAGGCUCCAAGGACAAAUAUGUGGACAUAGAUUUGAACAGAGUGGAUAAUCCGUUUGCAUCAGAAUUUAGAUGAGAUGAAUUACAGUUGUGUAAGGGUGUGUUUGUCUAGUGAAUCAGAGCUAUGAUUUCGAAUGUUUUGCAUAUGUCUUUCAAAAUAAUUAUUACCUGUUGGAAAGGAGGGACUAAAACAUGGCCUAUCAUUAAUCAUUAAGUCACCAUAAGUUUGAAUCGGUAACAUGCACAUGUGUCAUCAAAGGUCUGUUGUGGAUUGAAGAUGUGGAUCAUCAUGGAAGAUCUUGAGUGCCCUUACACUUACAUCAGGGGGUCGAGGGUGGCCCAGUCGACUAAGGCGUCACGAUUUGCUGUGCAGAGUUGCGUCCCUUGGGCACCCCAGAAACCUAGGUUUGUGGGUUCAAAUCCUGGUUCGCCCUGAUUAUGUUUCUAGGUUUGUCAGGACCAUACCUGUGCUUGUGGGUUUCACUGAAGUGGUAAACGUCCAAGACCUACAUCACUUUGGGCUUUCCUCCCACAUUAAGCUGACACCCUGUGAUAUAACUGUAAUACUGUUAAAACCAGUGUUAAACCCAACUCACUCACUCAUUCACAACACUUACAUCCCCCUGAAGAAUCCUACCCAGGACAAAGCUAGUCAAGGCUCUAAGUUUUGUUUAAGGCCUUGUCCUAAACCAGUCAACAGUAUCUGCAUUCUUCCAUCAACCAUGGAUACAUGCAGCUACGAUGCUGUGUGACAGCGAUGUGUGUGGUACAAGCUUGCUGGUAAAAAAUAGGGAUGUGUAUAAUUCAAAGAAGUCAAAAGAACCCAACUCUGCAUGAACUUUGUGUGAGAGCUACCACUGCUUGAUAUUGAAACAAUGUGUGGACCACACAGCCACAAGUCUACUACAUGUAGUUCAUGUGUUCAGUGGUAUGAGCAUUCACUGGUUUUCCUCUCACUUCGUUGGUUAAAAAUAGCAGCUAAACUGCAAAUGAGCCCAAUGUAUUCAUGAGUGAUUAGGAAUGUAGUGUAUAGAAACCCAUGAAGUACUGAUGAUGUAAACCAGCGUGCCAAUGUCCUCUUUUGGAAGGGUCUAGUUUGUCACAAAAUGUGAAAGGGAAGCAACUCUUGUAAGCUUCAAGUCUUCCCACAGCACAACAAAAACGCUUGAUCAUUUCCAGAGCUAUCAGGUAGAUGCUUCUCCAAAUGCUUUAACAAAUAAUAGAGAAACAAACAAAAAUAUAGUAUUCUCUUUAUUCUCAGUAAUGCACAAUCAUGUAACUGAUUUCCUUUUCUUGUACAUCGGUUGCGUAAUUUAAGUCUUAUCAGAAACAUGUCUGAACUACAUGUAUUUGUAACAUAUAGUGUACCUGCUUUAUCAUAUAUUUACCCAUUUAAAGUUAUCAUGGAAUCUUAUAUGCAAGAUUUAUAUUGGCGUUAGGUUGGAACUGUUUGCAAUACAUAUUUAUGAAAAUAAAAGGAAUUUGUUACAAUUGUUUUAUCACUUAAGUUAUCAAACUAUACAAACAAUCAAAAAAUAUUAUUGGCACAAGUUUAAGGGGGAAAAAAUUGCCAAAUUUCAUGGUAAGCAAUAUACAUAAUCCCUUUCUUAAAAUCAUAACAUUUAUUGAAAACAAUCCAGUUUAGAACUACUUCCAUAAAACACUAUGUGUCAGAAAUGCCCUUUAUUAAAUCAUGCAACAAACAACCCAUCUAUGUCUGCAUUCAUUGUAAUCAGUUAAAAACAAAUGUUAACUCUCCGAUCUGAGACUAUCCGUCUGUGAACUAUAUGUUGCCCCUUGUCUGGUUAUGCAUUGGACAAUAUAUGUGUACACUUUACAUGGUUCUUAGCUUACAUGAGUGAUACGAGCAGGUUAUAUUGAUACAAGGAGGGGAUACAGGCUGCAGGUGGGUCAUCCACUACUGCAGUCAUGUACUUGAAAUUCUGACGGGGCCUGUGAAUUUUUGUUUAAAGACACAUUUGUUCCAGAUAUAAAAUGGAACAUUUUGGGGUCAGGUGUUGCCCCCAAACAUAAAUUCUUCCCUGAAUAUGCUGGAUUUCCUAAAAAAGAAAAUGUGUUGUGAAAUCUUUUAAACUUUUUGACUCCAUCUUUCACAAACAAUAAAGAUUAGAAAUUGUAUGUUUAGAAUGAGUGACCAAACAAAUAUC